AUGCGGCGGCUUCGGGGGGGCCCGGGGGGCCGGGCGGCGGGACGAGGAAGAGCAGCAGCAGCCGCCGCCGCCGCGGAGGAGGAGGAGGAGGAGGCGGUAGGGCGGGCGCUGCGCCGGAGCGCGCGGGAGGCCGCGGGGCAGCCCCUCGGGGGGCCGGAGGCAGCGGGGGGCGAGAGCUCCGGCAGCGGCAGCAGCGACGACGGCGACAGCGACAGCUCCCCGGGGGCGGAGGGCAGGGAGGAGGAAUGUGGCGAGAGAGAUGAAUCUUACAUGUCUUUUGAGGAACUACUGCAGGUGCAGAGUGGUAUGAGAACAAGAGUGUGCAAGCAGAUGACCAGUGGGAAGAAAACUGCAAAACCUACCAAAGCCACAGUGAAGCAGCAACAAAGCAAAAAGGGGCCAUUGGAGUUGUCUGCCAAGAAGCCUGUACCUUUUCUGCGACAGGUUGUCUCUGUUAAAAAGAAGGUCCACAGAGACCCUCGAUUUGAUGACCUGUCUGGAGAGUAUAAGCCUGAAAUAUUUAUGAAGACGUACAGCUUCCUGGACAGCAUCAAGAAGCAGGAGAAGGAGAUGAUUCAGAAGCAGCUGAAAAAGUGCCGGAACAUGGAGCAGAAGGAGAAACUCCAGCAACUCCUAAACCGAAUGACACAGCAAGAACAGGCACAGAAAAACCAGCAGAAGUUGAGGGAGAGGGAGCUGUCUUUGAAAAGACAACAGAGGGAAUUGGCCAAGCAAGGAAAGAAACCCUUCUUCCUAAAGAAAUCUGAGAAGCGGAAAUUGGAGCUAGCUGAGAAGUAUGCAGAGCUGAAGAGGAGUGGAAAGCUGGAGAGCUUCCUGAGCAAGAAGAGGAAGAGGAAUGCCAUCAAAGACAAGCGCCGUCUGCCCUCACAGAAGAACUCGUGACUGCAGGCAUACUGUUGUCUGGCACCGGGUCUUACUCUGUCCUUGCCAGGCCUGGAAGGUGGCUAUUCCUCUUCCAAGUAUCUGCUUUUCAGUUGAAAUGUCCUCUUCACUUGUGGUUUACAUCAUGUCUGUGUGGUGACAAGUCUGCCAUGCAGAUGCACAUGGUGUGUGCAGACAGCUGUGUCUGUCCUUGCACCUGCUCAUCUCUUCCUCUAGUCAGGAGAGCACAAGCCCUACCCUGCAUUGCUGGCUCUACUCCAGGUCUUACCAGACACCAGCUGAGGUGGGAAAGGCCCUCAGGUGGGAGUUCAACAUCUGCACAGAGCAGGACUAGCACUGACUUCAAAUCAGGUUGCCCAGUGCUUCUUCAGUUGGGUGUGGGACUGUCCAAGAUGCCAUCACCUCUGCUCCUUUGCUUCAAGUUCUCAAGAUUAAACUUUUUUUUUCCCCCUCCUCCAGGAAACAUGCCAGGAAACCUAAAAUUGGGUUUUAGUCCAUAAUCAUUUUCUUGUUCUCAGUGAAGUGCCUGUCUCGGUCCUCUCAGUAGCCUUGUUAUAGGUUUGGGGGAUGUGUGGGAAAGGGAUCCUUUUAGGUCUCCCCAGAGCUUUCUGUUCCUGAGGGUGAAUAAACCCUGUUCCCUUCCUUUCCUUGCAGUGCUCCAGCCUCUGACAAUUUUAACAUCCUCAAUUGAAGUCAGCCCAGAGAACCAGCAUCUUUCUUUUGGGUGCCCAGCCUGUAUGAAAUAUCUGGAUGUAGUCUCAAAAGUGCUGAGUAAAGGAGAGAUGAUCCA